GGGAGGCUCUUAAACGCAGACUUUCUCCGUUUUUCUAUGUAAUUUACCAAAUGACAUCACCAACAUCUGUUUUUCCACUCUGGACUGAAUUUCUCAUCCGUGCACUCCAACUACGUUCUCAGUCACUUUGCUUUGGAAGUAGCGAAGAAGUAGCACAGAGAUCACUCCUCAUUUAUACAAACAGGAUGUUUCUCCUGUUCUUCAUCCUCUGCCUGAUGGCUCCUACUGGCUACAGUCAGCUCCAAGGUCCUCCUGGUCCCAAAGGUGACAGAGGAUUUCCUGGGCCUAUUGGGCCACCUGGGCCAGAAGGAAUUUCUGGACAUCGUGGAUUUCCUGGACCUCCUGGAUUUCCUGGACCUCCUGGACCUGUUGUAAUCUGUGGACGAGAUGUCUUUGGCUCCAUUAACCAGGACCUUGAGACCUUAAAGAACAGCCUUGCUAAAUUAGAGCUGGCUACAAACUAUGACUUUGUCCGGAGGGUUGGUCAGAAAUACUUUGUGUCCUACAAGGAGAGAGACUCUUUCUCCAGGGCCGUCGAGUUCUGCUCCCAACGAGGCUUAGAGCUGGCUUUGCCCCAGAACGAGGAGGAGAACAGCGUACUGACUCAAGCGUUUGGGGACGUUUACAAAACGGCCUGGAUCAACGUCAACAAUCAAAAAGCAGAGGGGAAUUUUGAGACAGAUCUGGAAAACCGACCUCUGACUUUUACCAAAUGGGGAGGAGGGCAGCCAGACAAAUCCAUCCAGGAUACAGGCUGCACCAUGCUGUCAGAAAACGGUGUUUGGAGAGUGACACACGAAUGCUCCUUAAAUGCUUACAUCGUUUGUCAGAUAUAGAAAGUUCUUAUAUUCCAGAUUAGGAAUCAGAAAUACUUUAUUGAUCCCCGAAGGGAAACUCUUUGUUACAGCAGCUCACCUUAACGUCAGUGCACUUGCUCUUAGAAAUAUUUACUUUCACAUGUUACCGUUUCCCUAAACCAUUAUGUUAGAUCUUAGUCCCAGAAACCUACAAGUGCAUCAUCAGCAUGACAUUGUUACUGUUGCAAAGACAUAUUCCUAUAUGAAAAAGAAUUAAAGUACACAAUUAAAGGAAGGAUAUUAUACAUA